AUUUCAUCAAAGAAAAAAAAAGAAGAGCAAGAUCAUCGCGGACCCCGGGGUCCCAAUCGUUGUUGGGAGUGACUUUAAGUAGGGCACGCAUAUACAGCGCGUGCCUUUUUCAUUGCCUUCUUCCAAACCGCUUUAAUACAUACAACUAUGUCGCAUCAUCCUAGCUACACUAUGGCCGCUCUUGCCGCUACCGGUGGUAUUGCUGGUUUCGCACGUACUCGUUCGGUGCCUUCUCUCGCUGCUGGUUUGGCCGUGGGUUCGAUGUAUGGCUAUGCUGGUUACCUGAUCAAGGAAAACAAAGACUAUGGUCACGAAACCGCCGUGGCAGCUUCAGUCGUCUUGGCAGCCGCAAUGGUGCCUCGCGCAAUCAAGAGUGGAUUCAAAAAGCCCGUGCCAGCUGCAAUGUCAGUAAUUGCCUUAGCAUCAGGUGCCUACUAUGUCAAAAAAGUGAUCGAAUACAGUUAAAUAAAAAAACUACUCCCUCCUCUGAUACUCUCCUGCCCGAUUUGCCACUAUGCAUUUCAUAAAAUAAUAAAAGAAGUUACGCACCCGCGAAUAAUAAAGAUUCGACUAUAAAAAUACCAGAAACGCU